AUGUAUAAGACAUUCGACAAUACCGAAGCUUUAGACUUUAAAAAAGACUUAAAAUUCAAAGAGCUUGCAAUUUAUGCUAAAAAGCCUGGGACUUCUAGAUGAUUUCAUAAUUACUCUGGGGUUCCAAUUUCAACACUUAUGAAUUCUUAUAAACCGACUCUUCCAAAUACGCCUUAUAUUAAAACACAUAGGACUAAUCAUUCUUGCGACGUUGUUUCCCCUACAAAUAAUAAUACAACACACAAUUUUACGCAAAUAGCUGAAAAUAAAAUUUUUUUUAUUUUUUUUUAAAAAAAUUUUUAAUAUUUAUUUUUAGAAUUUUUUUUAAAACCCAAAAUAAAUUAAAGGACUUAAUUGGAAAAAAUCAUUAUGAAGACACGGGGCACUGCUAUAAAUUAACUCCGAAAAGCUCAAAAUUGAAAGUAGAAGAUGCAUUAAAUUAUUUAAAAUUACGAGAAAUUGGAUGCAGUAAGCAAGAAGCUAUCACAUUUUGUAGCAGAGAUAGGUGCACACAUUCAGUGGCUGAAUUUGAGCUUCCGGCACGGUUAAGAAGGAAUCAUAGCUCAGCAGCUAUUGUGAGUCAAGAGAAUACAAAGUAUAAGAUUUUUAAAUCAAAGAUGGAAUCAGAAGGUUUUGAUACAGUUAACCAAGCAAUUACUAAUUAUAUUAUAUUAAUGUAAAUAAAGAAAUAGGUAUGAAAAUUACUAAAAUUUUAAAUAAUAAUGACGAUUUUUUAUAGGAAAAUUAAUUAGUUUUAAUAGAAUAUUUAAUUACACAUCGAUAUGAACCAGAACCAUAUAUGAAUUCUUUUUUAGAAGAAAAAUAUCAAAAAAAUAGCUCAGAAAUAGUAAAAAAAGAAUAUGUUGAAACUGAACCUCCAGUAUUAGAAACAGAAGAAAAUAUAAAUGAAGAAAAUAAAUAUGACUACAAAUCAUCAUUUAAAACACUAUUAGAAAGAAUAAUAAACACCAAGCUUGUAGAUGAUGAGAAUUCAUCAUCAAGAACCCCUUCAAAUCUGCAAUCCCCUACCGAUUUCACACACAAAGGGCCAUUUAUCAGAUUUUCCUCAAUUAUAUCCCCAAAAUAUGAACCUAGAAAAUUCCGGCCUGAAAGUCUAUCUCUACAGACAAAUCCCCAAACUUCUCCAGCAAGUCCUAUUCUAAAAAGCGUAGACACUACUUCCCCCACAAAAAAUGACCCCAUAACUUCAAAAGAGCUUAAAUUAAAACAGUCCAGAAAAGAUUUUUUAAUAAUGAGAGCCCUUGAAGAAAAAAUCAAAAAAAAUAUAAUCAACGCCAAAUACGAGCUUUAUGAAAAACUCAGCCGAAAAGCCACACAAAAUGCAGUUUUAUUCAAAAAAAAGCAGCUGAAAAAGCAAAAAAUGGACGAGGAGCAGAAAAAAGAAUUAGAAAAUAACUAUGAAGAAAUUAAAGAAAAGCUAGAAAAAGCAAAACAAGAGAGGAUAAAAAUAAAAGAAGAAAAAAAAUUGAAAACCAAAGAAUAUAAUAAAAAACACGAUAAAAGAGUCGAAGAAUUGAAAAUAAACAAAAAUAUCGAUUUAGAGCGGAGAACGAGCAUAAUGAUACAAAGAGUGCAAACCAGACGAUAA